AUGGGUCCAGCAGGUGCUGUCCUUUUUAACAGAAUGGUCAGAGUGCGGCUCCUCGAGAAGGCGGCUUCUGGGGAAGCAGGAGAGCAGCUGGGGAUUUCCUUCUGGACGCAGGAAAUUGAGCAGCGUAUUAAACAAGAAGGAUAUUUACAGGACUCCACACUAGUCGACGUCAGACAGAAACAGCACAGCUUAAAGGAGCCUGAAAACUGCGAUUUUUGCUGCAUCCUUGCAGUGCAGCCAGAAGAGGAAGGUCCUCACUGUGUUGGUGACUCUGUCUACAGUACCCUCCACAUCACGGUAGAAGAGAAGGCCAGGGCUGCCAAGAAAAGACCUGAAUCUGGACAAGAAGGCGAGAACCAGAGGGCGGUCGCGGCGGCAGGGUGUCGGCUACAGAGUUUUAGCCUAGCUGGCAAGCGAGCAACGUCCACCUCGGUGUGUGCACGAGCACAUGGAAGUGUUGUGAAGAGUGAAGACUGUGCUCUCCCCAAUUGUGUCGACCGUCGUGACUAUCCCUUGCCUGAUGUGGCCCACGUCAAGAACCUGUCCGCCAGCCAGAAAGCCUUGAAAGAGACGGAGAAGGCCCCCUGGAGCAGCCUCUCCACUGAUGAGCAAGUUGAAUUGCGUCGCAGUAAGUCCAGCGAGAGCUUUGCUGAAAUGAGCAGGAGCACGAACGAGUGGAAGACGGUUGCGGGCGCUGCCACGUUCUUCAUCGGCUUCGCUGCUCUCCUCCUGAUCUGGGAGAAGCACUGUGUGCACGGCCCCGUCCCGCACAGCUCUGAAGGGGCGUGGGCGGCCAAGCAGACCACGAGGAUGCUCCACAUGACGGUCAGCCCCAUCCAGGGCUUCUCUGCCAAGUGGGACUACGACAGGAACAAGUGGAAGAAAUAAGAACCCGCCGUCACCGUAUCCCAACCUCACCUUUUCCGUCACCUCCACGC